AUGGGACUCAACACCAGAUCAGAUACAGAAUCAGAUCAUAGCGCAGUUCCAGAAGCAGAUCAUAGCGAAGAUCCAGAAGCAGAUCAUAGCGCAGAUCCAGAUAUCAAAUUGUGUAAAGACAUGAAACUGGACGGUGCCUUCUCGGCCGAUGAUGGACUAGAUUACGUCUUCAGGGGUGACUAUUUCUGGAGGUUUGACACGGAUAUAGCGGCCAUCACUGAUGAGUUCGCACAGUCUUUCAUAGAAAGAUGGCCUCAAUUGCCCACUCCUAUCAACACCGGGUUUGUCAUCGAUGAAGAAAUCCAUAGAAAAUCUACUGUUUUCUUAAAUGGCAGGGAUUGGUUUUUAUACAAAGACAACAAACGGGUGUCGAGUGGGUCGACCCAAAACUGGCCUCAAUUUCCGUCCGAACCAAUUCAUACGGCAUUCACUUAUAUCAAUCAAACCAAACAACUGAAAGACACGACUGUUGUAUUGAUUUAUAGCCAAAGCAAAUACAUUAAAUAUAUAAUACAAGACAUCGAGCAGCCGGUGCUCGUGGAGAAAGGCAACACAACUAUCGUCAACUAUUUCCUCUAUUUCCUGAUCGAGGGCUCCGACCAUUUCAAGGAUAGGGCGACGAGACGUAUGCAGACUGUGUUUGACUUAAACACUCUCCGAGAUAUCGUGGGUGCGGUGGCCAAUCACAAACACCUCGUCCUAUUUGAUGGCUCUAUGUAUUGUACGGCUAAUAUCAGUGAAAAGGCACCCGGGUGUGUCAGUCAUAAUGUUACUGAAGACACGUUUAAAUGUCCCCGAAGUGCUCGCCCGACCACAACCACUACAACCAUAGCUGAGCCCUCAACUCAAAACACGUCUAAUGCACACCUGAUCCAAGUGUUUGACGAUAACUCGAGAAAACCCCAGAAGAAGAAAUCCCAGGCCAUUGCCAUUCAUGUGUUUGUAUAUUACUUGGCACUCGACUACAAGAGUAUACACAUCGAGGGGUUAGUUCCCAAGUAUUGGUUCCGUGGUUGUGAUUUAAUACUAUUGUGCGCCCAAUGUAUUGGCCCUCAGAUUGAGUCUCAUUUGGUGUUACAGUAA